ACCAAUGAAGCAGAAGGUGAGGUGAAGAGAGGGAACCAUUCAACUAACUGCUGAAGGUCCCUUCAAGCUCAAGCCAAAGCCAUAGCCACAGAGCACCAUCAAAUCAUUUCUCAACUAACUUUGUGUUUCUUGCGGCACUCACGCAACCAACAUUAAACCUCUUUCAUGCUGGCCUCAGACUCCGGCUCUGUGCUCCGACCCAAACCCCCCAUACCCACUCCCUACCCGACCCGCUCACUCUUCCGCCCUUUCUGCUUCGAUCCAGGAUCCAGACCCGCCGCCCCCAAUCUCACCCUUAAAAUGGAACUGCUCCGCCGAAUGGGCCGCGGUUGCUUCAAGCCUGACGCCGCCGAUGCUGGAGCCCGUGACUUAUUCGAAGACACUCGCAGACGUGACUUAUUCGAUGCCACCGUGGCAGCCUCGCCCAACUCCGCCCCUCAUCACCUUGUUAUUAUGGUUAACGGAAUCAUUGGGAGUGCCGCUGAUUGGAGAUAUGCAGCAGAGCAGUUCGUGAAGAAGCUUCCAGAUAAAGUAAUUGUACACCGCAGUGAAUGCAAUUCUUCAAAAUUGACAUUUGAUGGUGUUGAUACAAUGGGUGAGAGGCUAGCUGAAGAGGUAUUAUCUGUUGUUAGACGUUGGCCAGAGGUGCAGAAAAUAUCUUUUGUGGCACAUUCUCUAGGAGGCUUGGUGGCAAGAUAUGCUAUUGGGAGACUUUAUGAUUAUUCUUCAACAUUGACACUUGUUGGUAACAGCAAAGACUGUUUCAGUGAAGAGAAGUCAGAAUAUUCAAAGCAAUGCCUUGAACAGAGUUAUGAAGCCAAAAUUGCUGGUUUAGAGCCCAUGAAUUUUAUAACAUUUGCAACACCACAUCUUGGUUCAAGAGGAAACAAACAGCUUCCUUUUCUUUGCGGUCUUUCUUUCCUUGAGAGAAGAGCAUCCGAAACUGCACAUUUAGUUGCUGGGAGAUCUGGGAAACAUCUCUUCCUAAUGGACAAUGAUGAUGGAAAACGACCUCUGCUCCUGCGAAUGGUUAAUGACUCUGGCGAUCUAAAGUUUAUGUCAGCUUUACGUGCCUUUAAGCGUCGAGUGGCAUAUGCAAAUGCAAACUAUGACCAUAUGGUAGGAUGGCGUACCUCAUCAAUUCGCCGUCAACAUGAACUUCCAAAGUCUAAUCUUCUUGUCAUUGAUGAGAGAUACCCACACAUUGUUUAUGUUGAAGGAGAGACUGCUGAUGACAUUGGCAAUAAAAUAUCUUCUAAUAUUGGAAGCCAAAUAAUUGACUUAGAAGAGGAGAUGAUAAGGGGGCUCACUCAAGUAUCUUGGGAGCGUGUGGAUGUUAGCUUUCAAAAAAGUAAACAGCGCUACAUUGCUCACAGUACAAUUCAGGUGAAAACAUAUUGGUUGAAUUCUGAUGGUGCUGAUGUGGUUUACCAUAUGAUAGAUAACUUCCUUCUUUAGCCUUUUUGGUGAGUAAAUCAAUGUUGUGAGCAAUAGUUGUAAUCUAAUCAUAUAUCCCCUAUAUUAUGUCUUGCAACGUAAUGGAUGAAAAUUUUCUGUACAUCGUAUUGUGGUGUUGGAAGUCGAUAGCUUCGUUUGAGAGCACCAUUAUGUACAUGAGGACUCUUCUUAUUAAGUAAUUUUUGUUUAUA